AUGGGACUACAAAUUUACAACAAAAUUAAAGACAGUAAUAUAUUUAACAUUGAAACUCUGCCUGCAACAGUCCAAGCCCAGAUAAAGGAGGAGGGUUGGCGUCAGGAAGGGUAUCCUGCCAGAAAAAAAAAAACAAUGACGGAUACUUCUCAAAGGGAGACAUUUUGUGUAGAAUCCAACAAAAGAAGAGGUUGCGAAAGAAGGAAUGAAGUAGAAAAUCAGAGUCAGAACUUUAAACAUUGGGACAUUGAAGGGAAAGAGUUGAGAGAUUGUAGACAUGGUGUAAAGAAGGCAGGUAAAUAUCCUGUGCUUACAAGAGACCAGGUGGAAGGUGACAAGGCCAAACUAUUGGCAGAAGAAUACAAGUUGUUUUAUAGCAGUGCUGAAAAAGAGUCCAGAAAUGGAGUAGGGAUUAUUGCGGAUAAUGAUCUUAAGGAAGAAGUCUGUGGAGUGGAUGGAAUCAAUGACAGAACCAUGAGCAUAAAACUUACUAUCAGAGGAGAUGUCAUCACAGUUCUAAGUGUAUGCACCCCAGAUGGAAUAACAAUGGAAAUACCAGAUAAUGAAAGGGUGAUAAUUGAGGGAGAUUUAAAUGAACAUGUUGGCGAGAGGAGGAGUGGGGAAGAUAGAAUUUAUGGUGGAUGGAGUUAUGGGGAAAGGAAUGCGGCAGGGCACAAGACUGCAGAAUACGCUGUAUCUUUUGACCCAAUGAUUGCCAGUACCUACUUCAAUCAUAGAAGAGAACAACUUAUAAUGUACAGGAGCGGAGACCAUAAAAGUCAGUUAGACAAUUUGUUGACAAGAAGGAAAUACAUAAAGGAAAUAAAGAAUACCAAGGUUAUAUACAGGGAAAGUGUGGCUGCACAACACAAACUCAUAGUGGCCGAUUAUGAAAUGGGGGUGGGGAAAAGAUUGAAAUUACCAGAGGAUGUACAGGAGCGGUGGAGUUAUAAUAGCAAUGUAAUCGCAAAAGCUGGAAAAGACAAUCUGUGUGUAACAACAGGAAAGAGACCACCAGAAGAACAAUGGGACUUAAGAGGAAUACAGGAGGAUAGGGAAGCCUACAAGACUGCAAAAAAGAUGGCCAAAAGAGCAGUGGCAAAAGCAAAGGCUGAGACAAUGGAAAAGGCAUAUGAAGAGCUGGAAAGAAGACAGGACACCAGGCAACUCCUAUGGAUUGCUAAAGCAAGAGAUAAGGCAAGGCAUAUGAAGAGCUGGAAAGAAGACAGGACACCAGGCAACUCCUAUGGAUUGCUAAAGCAAGAGAUAAGGCGACCACAUAACAUCAAUGAUGUAGAUAAAAGAUGA